AAGCCCUUCCGCACCUUGUUGCAGCACUUUCCUGACUUCAGUACUCGUGACGCACACGGUAACUACGUGGAUUGUGCUCGGUGGUUCGGUAGCCUUGUCAUCUCUAAGUCUUGUGAAAACGCCGUUGUUGUUUGGAUGCCUGGAGAUAUUGAGUCCGCUACUGCACCUGCCUCUCUUGAUCUCCACGACCUCCUACCUCCACGUCUCAUCGAUAUUGACAGCAGCAGUGGCUGUGGCAAUGGCCCCAGGGCACGACAAAUGACGGGUGUACCGCUGGAGACGCGCUGUAGUCUAUUGCACCAGCUGCGUCUGCCUGAUUGUGAUCUCUGGUAUGUGCGUUUCGACCUCCACCUGCAACAGCGCCUCCUUGCUCUAGGCACUGGGGUGGGACUGCCGAGGAUAUUUCUGUGGGAUCUAUCCGACCUUGGAUCAACUCUUUCUCUCGUACCUAAGAUCCUUCACAUUACCGCAACAGGUGCCGGCAAUUUGAACAAUUUUGGAGCCAUUAGGCAGACUCGUUUUACCGGAGAUGGCCGCAUUCUCGUUGCCGUGGGCGACAAUGGUCUAGUUGUACGUUUUGACAGAGUCGGCUAA